UCAUAGUCUGCUUCUGUAUCCGGCCCCUUUCAAGCCUCACCCUCAGCUGUCUCCAGCGUUCUUUGGAAGCUCUGAAAAUUAGCAUGUGUUCCAGCAGAUGGGAAUGGUGUCUGGCUCUGGAACUGCUCCUGUUGCCUUCAGUGCUCCUGGAGAUGAAUACUCAAGAUCUUGACGUCACAGCAGUCUCUGGUAGCAAUGUAAGUCUGUGUGUCUCCAAUCUGCCCAGUAUCUACAAACAACUAACUUGGUUUAACACUACCAAACAGAAGCUCUUAGAGUGGGAGCCUGGCAAAGUUAAGUACUUUGACACUAAAUCCAGGAACAGAAUCACGUUUGACCCUCAGAGCAGUGCGCUGAACAUCUCUGACGUCCGAGAGGAAGACAGCAACACAUACCUGGUGAGAAUUUUGAAGGAGGGAGGAACCGAGCACGAAUGGAGGAUCCAUCUGAGAGUAUUAGAUCCUGUACCCAAUCCUUGCAUAAACAUCGAAAAGAAAAAGGAAAUGGACAAUUGUUAUCUGACCUUGACAUGUAUGGCAGAAAGCCAGUCUGCCGUCAAGUACACGUGGUAUGAUGACUCUAGACUCUUAAGCCAGGAACUCGAGGGGAAUGUCCUUAACAUAACCGUUAACUCACAGAACUACUCCAACUCCUACACCUGCCAGGUCAAGAAUCCUGUGAGCGCGAAGAAUAGUACAGUCCACUUCAGCAAACUCUGUGAGCAGGCUCCAUCGCUUGCAGUGGCAUGGAUAGCAAGUUGGCUGGUAGUCCUGGCACCCAGUCUUAAUGUCCUCCUACUUACCUGAGACGAAUUCUUCCAACACCCAGGCCUCGGGUUCUUCGUCAUUGCUCAUGCUGUUGACCAGGACAGAAGCUCUAGCUUUGUGGAAGAAGAAACAAAAAAUGUUGUUAAAGCAUCUAGAGUUUCAAAAUCUUUUUU